GAGCGGUGCAAGCCAUCAUCCAUAAAGCACGCCUUUCUGCAGCCUCAGAACAUCCAUUCGACCCCCUCGGCCCCCCUCCAACUGCGCUCGCCUCUUUCCCUCCCUCCUUAUUUCCCAGCUCCUCUCAUGCAACGGCUGCUCAUCUCUCCUCUUCGUCCCAGCUUCCUGUGCCUGAACGAAGCUCUUUAAAUUCGCUUCCCCUUCUCGCGCGAGGCACCAGUCCUAUGGAUCGUUUUACCCAGGAUCAAUCGUCCAGCUAUCUGAAUCGACUGUGUGGGGGAUUUUCAGUGCAAUCUUCCAGCCAUACGGACCCCGUUUCAAGGAAUCUUCCUGUGCAAUCGUCUGGCCAUGGGGACCCUUUUACCAGAGACCUUCCUGUGCAAGCUUCCAGUCACAUGGGCCCCUUUACCAGAAAUCCUCCUGGCCUAUCCAGCCAUACGGACCCCUUUUCCAGGAAGCUUUCUUUGCAGUCAUCCGGUGUUACCGACGCGUUCACCAGAAAUCUUUCUGGGCGAUCUUCUGGUCUCGCAGACCUUUUUUCCAGGAACCUUCUUGUGCAGUCACCCAGGCACGUGGACCCUUUUACCAGGAACUUUCCGGUGCAGUCUUCCAGCCUGAUUGACCCUAUCAUCAGGAACCUACCUGCGGAAACUUCUGGGCGUAUGGACCUUUUUACAAGGAACCUUCCAGUGUAUUCCAGCCACAGUGACCAGUUUCCUGGGAAUGUACCACCUUUGAGCCAUACCGGCCUCCCCACUGGAAAUCUCCCUAUCCAAUCAUCCGGCUACAUGCAAUCAUCCAGCCACAUGCAACUAAUUACCAAAAUGCAACUAUCGAGCCACCUGGUGUCAUCGGGCCUCGCGGGCUUCAAGCCUCCCGUCAAUGAGGCGCCUUCCACUUGCGUGGAUCCGGCUCGUUCGUUUUUUUCUCUGGAGGAUGAGCUCCGGAAGCUACAGGCAGCGGGACCCAGAUUGCCGUCCACAUAUGAGUGCAAGGAGUGUGGGAGGACGUUCUCCCUGCCUCAGUCUCUGGGCGGACAUAUGUCGAGGCAUAGGCGAG